AACAGAGAAACGGAACGGGGGAGGGAGAAACAGUAGAAAGCGUUUUGUCUUACGGAAGCAGAAGUGGAGAAGGCAAAAGCUGAUUAGGAUUUUCCUAUAUAAAAGCUCUGAGGUUGGAUUGGUUUCGCAGGUCGCAGACACAGCCAGUAAGCGUAGAAACCAGUGUUGUGACUUUGAGAGAGAGAGAGAUGGCGAUGAUGAAGCGAGUUGCUGAGUCUGCGGUUAGGGCUUUUGCUCUGGGUUCUACUUCCGGGGCUCUUACCAGUCACCUCCAUGCUUCAGCUGGAAGCAAAAAGAUUGUUGGGGUGUUUUACAAGGCCAAUGAAUAUGCUGCCAUGAAUCCCAACUUUGUGGGCUGUGUUGAGGGAGCCUUGGGCAUUCGAGAUUGGUUGGAAUCACAAGGGCACCAGUACAUAGUUACUGAUGACAAAGAAGGACCAGAUUGUGAACUUGAAAAGCACAUUCCCGACCUCCAUGUUCUCAUAUCUACCCCCUUCCACCCUGCCUACGUAACAGCAGAGAGGAUCAAGAAGGCCAAAAAUCUACAACUUCUGCUUACAGCUGGAAUCGGAUCUGAUCAUAUUGAUUUGAAGGCAGCUGCUGCUGCUGGGCUAACAGUUGCUGAGGUCACUGGAAGCAACGUAGUGUCUGUUGCAGAAGAUGAGCUCAUGAGAAUCCUCAUUCUUGUCCGGAAUUUCUUGCCUGGACACCAUCAGGUUAUUAGUGGGGAGUGGAAUGUUGCAGGUAUUGCUUACAGAGCUUAUGAUCUUGAAGGCAAGACAGUGGGAACUGUUGGUGCUGGACGCAUUGGUAGGCUUUUGCUCCAGCGAUUGAAGCCUUUCAACUGUAAUCUCCUCUAUCAUGAUCGGAUUAAAAUGGACCCAGAAUUGGAGAAUCAGAUAGGAGCAAAGUUUGAAGAGGAUGUUGAUAUGAUGCUUCCCAAAUGUGACAUAAUUGUCAUCAACAUGCCUCUUACUGAAAAAACAAAAGGAAUGUUCAACAAAGAGAGGAUUGCAAAGUUGAAAAAGGGAGUUCUAAUUGUUAACAAUGCUCGAGGAGCAAUCAUGGAUACACAAGCUGUUGCCGAUGCAUGCUCCAGUGGGCAUAUUGCAGGUUACAGUGGGGAUGUUUGGUAUCCACAGCCAGCCCCCAAGGACCAUCCAUGGCGGUACAUGCCAAACCAAGCUAUGACCCCUCAUAUUUCUGGCACCACCAUUGAUGCACAGUUGCGAUACGCAGCUGGAGUGAAGGACAUGCUAGACAGGUACUUCAAGGGAGAAGACUUUCCGGCACAAAAUUACAUCGUCAAGGAGGGCCAACUAGCAAGCCAGUACCAGUAAUAAUUCAGUGUUUGUGCUGUGGACACUGUCUUCUACUUGAGUUUAUUUCCUUCCAUUAGGAUGAAUAAAUAAACGUAUGGAAGAUGCUUUGUGGUUCCUUGGUUCUCUUUUGGUUGGAAAUGCUUAGAGCUGUUUGGGGGUGAACCUUUGAUGGUUGUAAUCUGUUCUAAUGCUUUAUGAGAUGCAAGUUGUUUUCUAUCUUGAUCAAA